AAAUAGAGGAGAAAGGCAUGCAACGGUACAAACGCAACAAACCAGAAAAUGGGCGGUUUUAUUGUUUUAUCCGUCGCCUUUGUAGCAGCAUUAUCAUGUGCUGUAUUUGUAUUCUCACGGUGGUCGGAUUCUCGACGGCGGCGAGCGAAGUUCCCUCCGGGGCCGCCUCGGCUGCCGAUCCUCGGCAACAUCCUCCAACUCGUCGGAUCAGACCCCCACAAAUCGUUUGCUCAGCUCGCUCAAACCUACGGCGCCCUAAUGUCCCUGAAGAUCGGGACUCAAGUGGCGGUGGUGGCGUCGUCGCCGGAGAUAGCGAUGGAGAUGAUGCAGAGGCACGGGCAGGCCUUCUCGAACCGGUCGAUCCCAGACGCGAUCAAGACGCACGGGCACGAGCGGGUGUCGUGGAACACGAUACCCGCCGACUCCACCGGGUGGAAGAGAAUCCGGCGAGUCGGGAGGGAGAAGCUCUUCUCCCGCCAGGCGCUGGAGCGCAGCGAGGGGCAGCGGCGGGAGAGGCUGCGGCGGCUGGCCGAUCACGUGCGCGGCUUCAGCGAGCAGGGCCGCGUGAUGAACGUCGGGGAAGCCACCUUCACCACCAUGACCGACCUCGUCUUCGCCACGCUCUUCUCCGUCGACCUCGCCGACUACGGCGCCGCCAAUAAGGAGCUGAGGGAGCAUGUCAACUCAUUCACCAGGUAUAUUGGGGUUCCCAACAUCUCCGAUUUCUUCCCCAUCUUUGCGCCGUUGGAUCCGCAGGGAAUCCGACGGAAGGUCGGCUAUCACCUCGGCAGCUUGCUGGACUUUGCACAGAGCAUGAUCGACGACCGAUUGCGUCAGCGAAGGGAAUCCGAUUACCAGAAAAAGAAUGAUUUUCUGGAUACUCUCCUCGACAUCUCCAUGGAAGGGGAUGGCGAGGAUCAUUUGAGCAUCAAAGAGAUCAGGCAUUUCUGUGUGGACAUAAUCAUCGCAGGAUCAGACACCAGCGCAGCCACGGCGGAGUGGGCAAUGGCGGAAUUACUACUCCACCCCGACAAAUUGGAGAAGCUGAAAGCAGAGCUGAAGAGUGUGGUCGGAGAGAGAAGCAUCGUGGAGGAAUCCGACAUCGCGAGGCUCCCAUACUUGCGAGCCACCAUCAACGAAGUGCUCCGCUUCCACCCGCCGGCGCCCCUGUUAGGUCCACGCGUGGCGGUGGAGGAAACGCACAUAAAUGGCUACACAAUCCCCAAACAUGCAAGGAUAAUUGUCAACUUUUGGGCAAUCACUAGAGAUCCAAGCAUAUGGAAGGAUCCGGAGUUGUUUGAGCCAGAGAGAUUCUUAGGUAAGGAUAUAGAUUUCGAGGGCCAACAUUUCGAGCUGAUUCCGUUUGGAUCGGGGCGAAGAAUUUGCCCCGGCAUGCCGCUAGCUAGCCGCAUGCUACAGUGCAUGGUGGCAACCUUGUGUCACAACUUUGAUUGGGAGCUUGAAGGAGGGGCUGAAUCCAUGCACCUCCAAAGAGAAGAUGUAUUUGGGCUAGCACUGCAAAAGAAAUUUCCCCUCAGGGCUAAACCUAAACCCAUCGAGCUUUGAUGCAUGACUUGUAUGAAUUUGCUUCUUCUUAUAGCUACUCAAUAAACGCAUAUAUACAAAAAUGAUUCCAUGGAGAAUCUGUAACAUGUAUUAACAUAAGUGUGUAUUGUACUGCAUCAAGAGUUUCAACUUUCAUGUGAAAAUUAAAGUUUCUUGCAUACG